AUCCUAUUUCUGUUUCGGUCAUCAGCGUGAGUCCUGAACGCCAACACCGCAAACAUCUCCUCUCAACGUUGUUGCGUGUCCAGGUUUAAACUAAGGAAUAUGAACGAAGCAAUCAGGACUCCUGUUACACCGUUCUCGAUUACUGAUAUUUUGAAUCGCAAUGAUGUCCCACAGCAGAAUAACAGCAGCCUUUCCACUUGGAGACAGCACCCUGCCCAUACUCAUCCCGUGUCGCCGACAUAUUUGCCAUUACCGUACUUUCAAGGCGCUCUACCCAUCCAUCAACUGAGCUGCUACAAAUCAUUCACUGCCUCGCAAGUUCCUACAGCAUUGCCCUCGCUAAGUGGAGAACGAAAUCCUGAAGAAAUCGCAGAGCGUGCAGAAGAAAUAGCGAAAGUUCAUAAAAACCACGAAAGAGAUGUCAACCACACCUCGACUUCUAACCCUCAACAACAGGCCAAACCGCGAAAGAAGCGAUCAAGAGCGGCCUUCUCGCACGCUCAAGUCUUCGAAUUGGAAAGACGGUUCAGCCAUCAAAAAUAUUUGUCUGGACCUGAGAGGGCAGAGCUUGCUGCUGCUCUAAAACUGACCGAAACACAGGUUAAAAUCUGGUUUCAGAACCGGAGAUACAAAACAAAACGCCGUCAGCUCGCAUCAGAAAUAUGCCCUCCGAGUGCGGCGAAGAAAGUCGCGGUACGAGUUUUAGUUCGGGAUGAUCACAAGCAGUAUGAAGACAUAGGAUUAUCGGGUCUAUCAGUGGCACCAUUUGGCAGUCAAACCUUCGCUCCACCUUGUGGUUUUUACUACAGAUGAAUUCAAGACUACUGAAUCACGUCCCAAAUACAACAACAAACAGAUCCUUCAGAUCAAACCCCACGAACACGAAGACAGUGACACUCAAAGAGUAGUAUUCAAACAAUUUAAUCGCUGCUGUUUUCGAUGGCCCAGUCGCAAAAGUAUUCUGCUGCUUAACACCAAAUAGCGGCAAAAAGGUAAAAAGAUUAGCAGAGGAUAACGUUUUUACUCCUAGCUGCGGAAGUAAAUCACUUGUGUCCGGUGAAUUACAUGGAGUGGUCUACUCUCUUAAAGUUUACUCACAUCAUCGAAAACAGAUUGCGCGAGUGUUAGGCUCUUAAUUACCUUUAAUCCAAGAUUAAGAUUAACGAGAGUGCAUGAUAGUGUUCAGAUUGAGUGAGGGAUUGAAAAAAAUUCCCUAAAGAAACAAUUAUAGGCCUUAAGUUGGAGCGACGGUUAUUAGUAGAUAUCGAAAGGAAAAAGGGACAUGAACUAUAUUUCAAUUUUAUACCAACAGUAGCACAAAACUCAACUAUGUACCAAAGUAGACCACUUUGAUUUCUAUAAGCAUCACUGUAGCCAGGAACCAUCUCAGUAAAUUUUUCCAAACUUUUUUAAUAUCACAAAUAACAAAACAUUCACAGAAUUAGGUCGGAGAAUGCAUAGGAAAGACAACACAGUCGCCUAAGAUAAAUAAAUACACUUCUCUGAACAAAGAGCCAGCUGAUUCUUAUUUCACAACUACCUAAACUUGGAAAUUUUAAGUCGCGACUAGCUGAAAUACAGCCAGAGAUAAUUCGGAAGAGAGCUGCAACUUUGUGCAGCCCAAAUAGAAAUUAUAAAAGGCCCGGGUGACAUGUUUGUCCACAUCUCUUUUGAAUUAGUUUAGCUUUAAUUGAUGCCUGAAGUUUCACAUCCGAGGGCGCUUUGUUAACUGUCGAUAGUGCGCAAGAAUUUAACGGUCGAAAUCAUUGCAUUUUUUCGAUUGAUUCAUUUACCGAAAGGGAGAUAGAACGAUAGAUAAGUAUCACUGCGACACCCAAAAUACAAUUACAGUCGACUGAAUUUGAUUACAGUGCAUCGUUCAUCAACUACAAAGAUACUCAUUAGUGCUCAUUACAAGGGCUUUUAUUCUGGGGCUUAAUGUGAUUGUAAAACACUUCUUUAAUACUCAUUUAGGUGCCCCUCCCACGACACUAUUUGAACGACAAGAUGAUUCGUUUAUGCCACGCUUAAUGGAUCUCGUUUAACAUGUCAGUCGCACGGAUAGGAUUCCCUUCACUUCCAAACUCAAGCAAAAAGCUUGAGAAAACUUAAAGAGACACUUCAGGGCAGUUAGAUGGCCGACGGAAGUGUGAAACCGAAGACAAAGCCAUCUGUUAAAUCCAUUACCAACAUACGAGUCUAAAUGCGUUGGUCUAGGUACUUGAAUAAACUUUAAUGGAAGUUAAAUUUUCAUGAAUAGCUAAAGACCGUUUUAGUUUCUUCAAUGUUAGCAUUUCUUUUCUCGGAUGCCAUGGUUUCCUGUUUGCUAAAGUCGCACUAAGAAUGGCACAUCGUUUGAAGGUGUUAA